AUGACCGAGGCCGAGACGUCUGGGAGUACGAUAAACAACGUGGAGGAAGUUCACGGACAGCUUUUCGAGGUUCAAUUUGUUUUCAAAAUAUUUUGUGUUAUUUUCUGGCAUUUCUAGAGCUGUGUUGAGAAUUUUUCAAUUUAUUAAAGCUAUUAAUAAUGAGAAAAUGUUAACUUUGAAUAGGUGUAAGAAUAUGAUCAUUUCCUUUUUUGUCUUGCUUCAAGUUUGAUAACGAGUUUAAAAAUAAUGCUCAAUGUUUCUGGUUUUUACUUUAUAUUGAAACAUUGUAAGUCAACGUGCGUUUGGAUUUCGCCCAAUUAUUAAUUUAAAAUUUACUGCGAAAUUAAAGUGGUUUUUUUUUUUUUGAAAAUCCUGAAUACCGAUAGGAACUUCUAAGAAAUUUCGAAGACCUGUUCAUUCAGAAACGAAGUUUUUUUGUUAGAUGUUCUGUUUAUAAUUUGAAAGUAUCUGAGAAAGAAAUGAUUCAGCAUGAUAAUUCCGAUUUUUUUGGUCCUUUACAGAAGAAUCUUUGACGAUUUAUCCCUGAAAUAAUUAAUUAUUGUCAUUUUAGGUAGCUCCACGGUAUGUGAACCUCUCUUACAUCGGCGAAGGCGCCUACGGGAUGGUCGCGUAAGUUGUUUUCGUCUUUUUGGCAUAUACAAUUAUUGGCGGGGUUUCAGCUCGGCGUUGGACACAAUUACCAGGGAAAGGGUGGCGAUUAAGAAAAUUUCGCCUUUUGAACACCAAACCUUCUGCCAACGCACUUUGCGUGAGAUCAAAAUUCUUACGCGCUUCAAACACGAAAACGUUUGCGAUACGAUAACAGUGCACGGCAGUUCAAUACUCACGUUUUAGAUUAUCAACAUUCAAGAGAUCAUCCGUUCCGAAACUGUUGACUCGAUGAAGGACAUGUGAGGAUUUCGUGACCUCUUCCAAAGUUUGCGACUUGUUUUAGCUAUAUCGUCCAGUGUCUCAUGGAGACAGAUCUGUACAAGUUGCUGAAGACGCAGAAACUCUCCAACGAUCACGUCUGCUACUUCUUGUACCAGGUGAUUUGGUUUCCCCGUUAUACAGCGACUAGAAAAACUGGACUAUCUGUAAGAUCAUGAAAGUGCUGCAAAAGAUGGGAUUGAGUUUUUUUCUUUUUCUUGUAGAAAACUGAUAUUUUUUCUAUCAAAAAGAAUUUUAUAUGUGAGAGACCAUCCAAAGCUCAAAAGCCUAUUUUCUCAUUUCCUAAUAAGUAUUUGAAAUUUUUUCAGAUUCUUCGAGGUCUCAAGUAUAUUCAUUCGGCCAAUGUUCUCCAUCGCGAUUUAAAGCCGUCCAACUUGCUUCUCAACACAACUUGCGACCUUAAGGUAUUUCAUUCAAAUUGGCACGCAACGAGUUUUUUUUUUCAGAACAGAAAUAACAGUAUAAAGAAAAGCUCCCAAAUGAAAAAAAAGCUAUUUCAUAAUUUAGUAGUCUUUGAAUUCUGCUGGCAAAACAGCAGUUUUCUUUUUGUACUCCUGAGAAGUAUUUCUUAAAAUUUCUUGUUGUCCCAGGCGCUUUUUUUCGUCUGGUAGGAAAUGACGGUAACUGGAAGUUUGAAUCCUAAAAAAUAAUUUAAAAGUAUAACAUUUCGAAAAAAAAAGGAUUCAGAAAGAUCAUGAUUCGUUCAUAUGAAAUUUUACGAGUUGGAAAUGGUUUUGCGGAAGUUUAUCUUCGGUUUGAAUGACAUUCAAAAAAGCCUUCUCCUUUUGAAGAUUUGCGACUUCGGUCUGGCAAGGGUGACGGAUCCGCAGACGGACCACACAGGAUUUCUGACAGAGUAUGUCGCCACGAGAUGGUACCGCGCGCCGGAGAUCAUGCUCAACUCCAAAGGCUACACGAAAUCGAUCGACGUCUGGUCCGUCGGCUGCAUUCUCGCAGAGAUGCUCAGGUGCAACUCUUUUUUUGGAACCAAUAAAAAGGAAAAAUUGUGUUCAUUUUUCAUAAAAAUUUUGUGUUUUCUUGGUUGCUUUCAUUUUGAGGCCCUCAUGUUUGGAGAAAUCUAACAAGAAAAUUCUACUUCACUUUUCGUUAUAGUUUGAUAUGAAGCAAAAAACCUUUUCCAAUCCUUUGUUUAAAAAAUAUAUGUUAUGAUUAAAGACUGAGCUUCGAGAUCAAUUUAAUGGUGUUUGGAAAAUAAGUUUUUGGUUUUUUUUUUUUUGCACAUUUAUCAACCUCAGUAAACUGGUUGAAGCAUUUUUAGGCAGAAACUCUUUGUUUUUAAAUAAAGAUCUUUGUUUCAUUUUUAUCUCUAAUUUUUUAGUUGAACGCUUUUUUUUUCAAAAAUUUAAUCAAGGCUGUGUUCGGACUUUUCUAUUCAGCAAUCGGCCCCUGUUCCCUGGAAAGCACUAUCUCGAUCAGUUGAAUCUGAUUUUGGCGGUCGUCGGAUCUCCGUCUUCCGAAGACUUGCAGUGCAUCAUCAACGAUAAGGUUCUUUCCUUUAAUUUUCCACAAUUCUUAUAAUUUUUCAGGCUCGGUCGUACCUCGUUUCUUUACCUCACAAGCCGAAGCAACCGUGGGUCCGGCUGUACCCGGGAGCUGAUCCGCGAGCUCUGGAUCUUCUCGACAAAAUGCUCACUUUCAAUCCCCACAAUAGGUAGAGUCUCCAUUUCACGUCUAUUUCUAAUGCUUUCUGUUCAGGAUCGACAUUGAACAGGCACUCGCACAUCCUUACUUGGAGCAGUACUAUGACCCCAAUGAUGAGGUAAAUUUAAAAAAAAAAAACUUUCAGCUCAUUGCCGAAUUUGUUCCUCGGAAUCUUCAUAGGCGACUUUCUGAAAAGAUUUAACUAAAAAAUGAACAUUUGCAGCCGGUCUGCGAGGAGCCGUUCACGUUAGAGAUGGAGCUGGACGAUCUGCCGAAAGAAAAGCUCAAAGAGUUGAUCUGGCAGGAGGCCGAGCUGCACCACAAGCGGAUGCAGAAUGAAUCUACCUAA